AUGACGGUGUCCAAGUCAGCAAAGAACAGCGGCAAGACGGUGUCCGAAGAGGACCUGGGGGUAAAAUGCCUCACGGGCAGUAGCCAGCAAGUGGAAGCAAGCGCAGACGACCUUGAACGACCGCAAGUAGAGAGCGGGCAGCCACGAGGUCGGCGCAAGAAGCGUCUGCCAACUGCGGACGAUAACUGGAGAGCGCUGAAGCAACAGCUGAAUACGGGACAGGCCCCACGACAACUGCAUCGGUCUUCUGCAACAAGUUCCGUCUCCAAACAAAACAGUGAUGCAAUCGGUAACUUGGGAGACUCGGGCACUAGCAACCAAUCACUUGGCGAAAGCGUGCCAGCUGCAAGUCCAGCUCAGGUCAAGCCAUCGCCUGAACGCCACCGCUCUUCUGACCGAGUAGCGACAAGCGUUCGCACGGAUGGAACGAAACAACCAAACGACACGGAGGGUUCCUCUUUGGAAAACGUCCGAGCAGAGCUGCACGCUCCAGAAAAGGAGCCUUUGCGAAAAGCCGGACCUCUUGGACUCUAUCCACAGGAGCGAGCAGCACCUUUGGGCUCGAUUAUCGCUCUUGACGGUGAGUUUGUGGGCAUAGGCCCAGGCGGGUCCACGGAUGCACUUGCCCGCAUAUCCGUCGUUGACUACGAUGAGGCCGUGCUCUAUGAUCGCUUUGUGCAGGUGGAUACCCGAGUGGUUGACUUUCGUACUCCCUACAGUGGGAUCCAGCCUCAUCAUUUGCAAGAUCCGAGCUGCGUCCCGUUUGCGGAGGCACAACGCGCAGUAGCCUCGUUAAUGAAAGGUCGGAUCAUUGUGGGUCACGAGCUUCGCAAGGAUCUCACGGUUCUGCAACUGAGUCAUCCUCGUCGACACAUUCGGGACACUGCCCAUUAUCUGCGGUUACGGAGGCUGCUGCCCAUGCGGACCUUUCGAACGCCGUCCCUUCGAACGCUCGCUGCAGAACUCCUGGAUCAGGUAAUUCAGAAGGGGACCGCCCACGGGCCGGGUCACGAUUCCGUAGAGGAUGCAACCACCGCGUUGCGAAUCUACAAGCUGAUGGCGGACAUCUGGGAACGCGAUUUAGUCAAGAUGGAGAAACAACAGCAGCAACGCGCUGCAGCCAGGUCGACAAAGAAACAGAAGCGACGCGCUGCCCGGCUGCGAUCGGCUGAGAAAGCCGAACGACAAGCGAAGUCGUCUAAAGGAAGCAACCCAGACACGGAACAGCGAUUGAGGAGUAGCGGUUCGCCGAGUAGCGAGUCUCCGAAAGAGAAGCAGCUACUCGAGAAUGCAGAUGACUCAACGGGGACGCGUAGCGUGCCGGCAUUCGUAGAUGUUGCAAGUUGA